CCAGAACUGUUUUUGUUAGUGACCGAAUUGCUUUCACUCAAACCACUGGCGGUUCGCUAUUAAUUACGCUUUUGCCUUCAGCCGCCAAAUAUGGGUUCUAGCUUACCGGGAGCUUGCUCAUCGCUACCUUGCGGUUUGCAUUAGGCAAGUACUGCCCACUAUAGGCUUACCGCAAUUGUUGGGUUUUCUCCGCGCCGCAUUAGUCGUCGAAGUCGCCAACUCCAUGCCUGCUCGCAUGAGGUACUACUAGAUACCUUACAACCUUAAUAUUUUCAGCAGUAGUGCCUUUGAGUUACGCAGAAGGAGGGCGCUACAAGGGACAAACCCUUUGCUGCAAUGCCCGAACUAUGAGCACGGCUUGCUUUGCUGCAUCAAAACGUUAACAAUGCUGAGGCGUUUCGGUAGCAGCCGCGACAAGUCCGGUAUGGUCGGAUUGCUGUUACUUACCUUGUUGGUGGCAAGCUUACAGGCGUACAUGAGUGACGCGGCAAACAUAGCCCUGAGGAAGAAAACAUACGCCUCCUCGAUCUUCAGCAGCAGUUAUAACAGCAGUUACGCCGUUGAUGGUGCAGUGAGCAAAACUGCAGCCUUCUUCAUGUCAGCUGGUGAUGUGGACACGGAUCCUUGGUUUUCUGUUGACCUUGGCGGUCUUGCCAAUAUUACAUCCGUGUCCAUCUACACCCGCUGCGAUUGCUGUGUUAAUCGCACAAGGAAUGCGGAGCUACGUAUUGGCAAUGCCAGCAUUACCUCGCGAGAGGACAAUGUUAAUUACAACAAGAUGGUAGCAAACGGGAUUGCUCCGGAUAAGUUGUGCUCGCCAUACAGUAUUAGCAUGUUAACUGAGACAAUUGGGCGAUGGGUAACAUUUCAAAAUCACAAUCCUGGUUGCACUGGUAUAGAAUGUGCCCUGCAGAUCAUCGAGUUACAAGUCUUUGGCACUGUCGUGCCGUACCCACCACCAGCUCCACCCCCUCCACCACCUAGUCCCCCUCCACCACCACCACCACCACCACCAUCUACAACCGUCACACCCAACCUGGCAGUUGGCGUGCCGUCGUAUUCAUCAUCAGUUGAAACAUGGAAUGGCGCAUAUGAGUUGGCCCCUCACUUUGCUAUUGAUGGCGUCAUGGAGCCAGACAACGACCCGGACAGGCCCAACAUCUUCAUGUCAAGCAGUGAUGGUCAUGAUUCUUUGCCUUGGAUCUCUUUCAACCUUGGCAAUCCCGCCUUCAUCACAAUGAUCGUCUUGUGGACUCGCUGUGACUGUGGCUCUGACUGUGUACUGUGGACAGUGGAUGGAGACCUGCGAAUCGGUAACACCCCUAUGUUCGGCCCUCAAGACACGAGCAACCUCCAAUACAAUCGGCUUGUGUUUCAUGGAAUCAACCCCAUCGCGGAAUGCACUCCUUACGUUGUCAAGCUUACUGAACCGGUACUUGGUCAAUGGGUGGUAAUCCAGAACCAGAACACUGAUUGCGCCCUUUAUGACCCGGUAACAUGCACGCUUGGGCUCCUUGAGGUUGAGAUCUACGGUGAUUUUGCACCCUCACCACCUUUGCCACCGUCUCCUUCACCACCUCGUCCACCAUCUCCACCACAACUUCCCCAACCGCCGCCGUCCCCCUCACCAUCACCGUCCCCCUCACCGUCACCGUCCCCCUCACCGUCACCGUCCCCCUCACCGUCACCGUCCCCCUCACCAUCACCGUCCCCCUCCCCAUCACCCUCCCCCUCCCCGUCACCGUCCCCCUCCCCGUCACCGUCCCCCUCCCCGUCACCGUCCCCCUCCCCGUCACCGUCCCCCUCCCCAUCACCGUCCCCCUCCCCAUCACCCUCCCCCUCCCCCGUCACCGUCCCCCUCCCCAUCACCGUCCCCCUCCCCGUCACCGUCCCCCUCACCAUCACCGUCCCCCUCACCAUCACCGUCCCCCUCACCAUCACCGUCCCCCUCACCGUCACCAUCCCCCUCACCAUCCCCCUCACCGUCACCGUCCCCCUCACCGUCACCCUCCCCCUCACCGUCACCCUCCCCCUCACCGUCACCCUCCCCCUCACCGUCACCCUCCCCCUCACCGUCACCGUCCCCCUCCCCGUCACCGUCCCCCUCCCCGUCACCGUCCCCCUCCCCGUCACCGUCCCCCUCCCCAUCACCGUCCCCCUCCCCGUCACCGUCCCCCUCCCCGUCACCCUCCCCCUCCCCAUCACCCUCCCCCUCCCCGUCACCGUCCCCGUCCCCAUCACCGUCCCCGUCCCCAUCACCGUCCCCGUCCCCAUCACCGUCCCCCUCCCCGUCACCGUCCCCCUCCCCGUCACCGUCCCCCUCCCCGUCACCGUCCCCCUCCCCAUCACCGUCCCCCUCCCCCUCCCC